GCUGACAAUUUACAGCUUUUGAUUAAGUACCCAAAGUCUCCCUUCACUACUUAUAUGAACUCGGUUUUAGUGUGAAGAAGAGUUUAAAAAUAUGAGUUCAGCUGUAAAGGAUUUACAUGAGUUUCUGAUAAUGGAUACUACAAGCCCAAAAACCAGGGCUCUCGCAUUAAGUCCUUUCUCGUCUCCUAAUGUUGGAGCUUUACUAAAAAUCAAGAUAAUUGCAUGGAGUCAAGAAACUGGUUUACCUGUAUCAGUUCAUGUUCGAGUUGGUGAAAGAGUCUAUGAUCUUCACAAGCAUCCAUUACUUUCAAAGAGUGGCUACUUUAAGAGGGCAUUGCUUGAAUCAACUGAUAUCGAACUACCACAUAAUUUUCCUGGAGGAUCAGAAGUCUUUGAAAUGGUCGCUUUAUUUAGCUACAGUUCUUCAACUCUGAUUGACCCUUUUAACGUUGCAGCUCUCCGGUCUGCGGCUGAGUUUCUUGAAAUGACAGAAGAAUAUGGCACGGGGAACCUCUGUGAACGUUCGGAUCUUUAUCUUAACCAAGUAGUCUUACAGAAUUGGGAUGAUACCUUAAUUGUCCUUCAAAAAUGCCAAACACUACUACCUUUGUCUGAAGAGCUUCUGAUUGUGAGCCGCUGUGUUGAGUCUCUUGCAUUCAUGGCUUGCAUGGAGAUACUUGAUCCUGAGCAUAGACGGGAAAGGCCAGUUAUUACUUUGGAAAGCAUGGCUGGUCAAGCUUGGAGCUGCGAAACUGUUAAGGAAAUAGCUGCUCAGGAUCUGUGGAUCAAAGAUCUCAUUGCACUUCCUUUCAGAUUCUUUCAGAGGAUAAUCAUAUCCCUAAGAAGACAAGGAAUGAAGGAUAAAUAUGUUAGUCCGAUAAUUGUUUUCUAUGCAAAUAAAUGGGUUCUCUCGAAGAAGACACAUCAGUUCUGGGAGAGUAUUGAAAGAACAAGAGGGGAAGAUGCAAAUAACAAGGUUUCAGUGAUCUUACAAGGCAUACUAGACUUGAUUCCGGUAGGAGAUAAAGCAAGUAGAGUAAUUCCAGUCGGAUUUUACUUUGCUUUGUUAGCUAGGGCUCUAGAUCUCGGUCUAAAUGAGGAUAGUACGAAAAAGCUGCAAGAUCAGAUUGCACCUGUAUUGCAUUUGGCGGUAGUAGAUGAUUUUUUGCUUCCUUCCAGUGGGAUGGAGUCAAUGUCAUCUAGCGUGGAGUUGGCUACCAUGGAGAGUAUAAUUUCGACUUCUUUAUCAUCGACUGCAAAUAUAGAACAGACACCUUCAGAAGUGAAUUGUAUUGUGGCAGAACUAUGGGAUAAGUAUGUUUCACAAAUAGCUGCAGAUCCAAAUAUGGGGACCAAAAGAUUCAUGGAUCUGAUCGAGAUGGUACCCAUAUCAUAUAGACAGAGUCAUGACCAUCUCUACAGGGCCAUGAACACUUUCCUUAUUGAACAUCGAAAUAUAUCUCAAGAAGAGAAGGCACUAGUAUGCAAAUACCUCAAUUGCCAGAGACUAUCUCAAGAGACAUGCAUCGAAGCUGUUCAAAAUGAGUUGAUGCCGCUGCGUUUGAUCGUCCAAGCACUUUUUGUUCAGCAGCUGAAUACACACCAAGCUUUCAAAGAUUGCUCGGAUUCUUUCAGGUAUGAAAAGUACGCUGACUUCUCAGGAAGCCUCUGGAGCUCAAGAUAUGCAAACCCUACAAAUCACCUUCUUGGAGAAACACCAUUUAAAGAACCAAAUGGAGAAGAGGCGACAGUUAGGCCAUUGGCUUUCUUGAUGCAGAAAGAUCUUGUAGUGCAGCGAUCAGCUGAGUUAUCUAGGAGUGAUUAUGAAUCAACAAGCUUCAGGAUUCAGACCCUAGAACAGGAGCUAAUAUCACUGAAGAGAAGCCUUCAAUGGCAACCGAUCUCCACUGGCUCAGAACCUAUAUUUGGCAGACCAGAUAUCAUGAGGCCGUUUGGAUUGGAUGGAAGAUCAGCGAGUAAGAAGAGGAAUCCACUUGGACAAGUAACAAGUUGCAUCGGGUCAGUAAGUUUUGCUUCACAGAGGAAGUAUGCCAACAGGAUUCUCAAGGUCUUCCGCAGAAUAUCGUUGAUAGGUCGAGGCAAAUCAAGCAGAAAAACUAGACCAGGUCCUUCUGUCCCCUGGCCCAAAUCAAUGUAGCAGAGCCGCAGCAGCCAAUAGGCAUGAAAUGUAUUAAAAUUUAUAAGCUAGCAAACAUGGAAGUCAUACUUGUCAUCUACAUUAUAUUGCAUACUGAAGAAUACCAUGCUAAGAAGCAUAUAUGCAGAUGAACCACUGUAUAAAAACAUCA